AUUUACGAAAAAAAGGCUAUGCCUUAUCUGUGCAUAUCAGUGAAGUAACAAACCACAAGUCAGGACGUCACUAAGUGGUAUUUAAGAGGCAGCGUCACAGGUGAUUAAAGAGAAGUGGAAGAACUGAAGCAUAGAAUAACUAUUGGAUCACUGAGACAACAGCGGAUUACCGAUCAACGUGUUCAGCAUAAUAUACUGCUAAAGGACUGACUCUUAUUAUACCCACUGGACUCUUUCCAGAAUGGAGGGAAAAGCUUUUAUUAUAAUGUGCAUUUUCAUUGCAACAGUCCAAUCCCAAAGUACAACAAACUCCACAACAGAUUCAACAUCAUCACCAUCAUCUGUUAGUACAACCGACACCUCCGCAACACCCACAGCUACAAUGACGUCUUCAACAACCACUACAGCUCCUGCUGAAACAUCCACCACUACUGCAGGAGUUACCACAACAGCACCACAAACUAGUGUUACAACAACUGAAUCUUCUACAACAGCUACAACAACAGCAGCUCCCUCAAAAACCACUACAACUGUUACUGAAUCAUCCCCCACUACUCCAGGAGUUACCACAACAGCACCACAAACUACUGUUACAACAACUGAAUCUUCUACAACAGCUACAACAACAGCAGUGCCCUCAACAACCACUACAACUGUUACUGAAUCAUCCACCACUACUGCAGGAGUUACCACAACAGCACCACAAACUAGUGUUACAACAACGGAAUCCUCCACAACAGCUACAACAACAGCAGCACCCUCAAAAACCACUACAACUGUUUCUAAAUCAUCCACCACUACUGCAGGAGUUACCACAACAGCACCACAAACUACUGUUACAACAACUGAAUCCUCCACAACAGCUACAACAACAGCAGUGCCCUCAACAACCACUACAACUGUUACUGAAUCAUCCACCACUACUGCAGGAGUUACCACAACAGCACCACAAACUACUGUUACAACAACUGAAUCCUCCUCAACAGCGGUGCCCUCAACAACCACUACAACUCUUAUUGAAUCAUCCACCACUACUACAGGAGUUACCACAACAGAACCACAAACUACUGUUACAACAACUGAAUCUUCCACAACAGCUACAACAACAGCAGUGCCCUUAACAACCACUACUCUUGCUGAAUCGUCCACCACUACUGCAAGAGUAACCACAACAGCUGCACAAACUAGUGUUACAACAGCUGAAUCUUCCACAACAGCUACAACAACCGCGAUGCCCUCAACUAUACUUUGUCCAAAUUACAGUCCAUGCACAAUACCAACAACUUCAACCCCAACAGGUUCUUCCUCUGUCACAACAACUCUUACUGAGUCAUCCACCAUUAGUGCACCAGUCACUGCCACAGCAUCUCAAACCACACAGUCCUCUUUGACUAAUCCCUCUUCAGCUUUUCUACAGCAAUUACAGAUCUACAGCGCCUACAGCAUCUACAGAGUCUACAGCCUCUACAAAGUCUACAGCUUCUGCAGCAUCUACAGAGCCUACAGCUUCUACAUUGUCUACAGCUUCUACAGUGUCAUCCACAUCUACUCAGUCUACAGCCUCUACAGAUUCUAUAGCUUCUACAGCAUCCACAGCUUCUACAGUGUCAUCCACAUCUGCUCAGUCUACAGCAUCUACAUAUUCUAUAGCUUUUACAACAUCUACAGAGUCUACAGCUUCUACAGCAUCUACGGUCUCUACAACAUCUACAACUUCUACAGCAACUACUGCACAAACAAUACCUGA